AUGCCUCUUAGACUGAUUUCAGGCUUUUUCACCUGUUCGCUCAAUAAACUAAAAUACUACAAUGGUUUUCUUGAUGCCUUGGAUCAUAUUGAUGAAUUACUGGCUCCAAGCAUUACAGAUGAAGUGAUAAAAUUUGGCUAUAUGAUUGUUAUAACUGAUACAUUUAUGGUGGCGAUCCUAAUUCUCUCCUCAUUUCUGACCUUUGGAAAGACUUUCGGUGAACUUACGGCUGUUGAACUGUUCAUAAACAUUUAUGUUCUACUCUCGGAUUUAUCUCUCAAGCAGCAGUUUCUUCUGUCUGUGAUGGAACUGUGGACUCGGUUCAGGACACUGAAGGCUGUCCUGUUGGAGUCACUGUCGCCACUGGGAGACCCCAGACUGUCUCAGCUGCUGCUGGGCUGGAGCCAGAAACUUCCACAUGUGGAACUCAAUGGCAGACUGCGAAGGCUACAGCAGACCCACCUGCUGCUGCAACGUGCUGCUGAGCUGCUGCAGGCUCACGUGUCUCCCACACUCACCUUCCACGUUAUGUACAGCAUGCUGGGCUGCAUCUACAGCAGCUACGAAUUGCUCGUCAUGCUGGUGGUGCCCCAGGCAGUAGAUAGGGUACUGGCCAUAACAUCUGUAAGUUAUUCCGUUUGCUGGCUGUUUAGGCACGCCUUUAAUCUGGCAACGAUGGCGAUUGCCUGUUCUGCUCUGGAAGAAGAGGCUGUAAGGAUGGCCGACUUACUGAGGAGGGCUGCUGGAAUCACGGAGACCUCACCUGAGGUGAAAGACUUCCUGAGACAAGUGGAGCGAGGGCUUCAUCCUGCUUUCUCUGCUUCCGGUUUGCUGCACAUCGACCGGAAAUUGUUGGUGACUACCGUCUCCGCAACAGCGACGUACCUGAUCGUACUGGGACAGCUUGGUCUUCAGUCAACACUUGGGUAUGGCUGUCAUUGA